AUGGCAAUGGCUCAAGAAGCUUCUGUCGAUUGCGAGAUGUCUAUGAGGACUGUGCACCUGGAGAAGGAGUAUGAGAAAAGCUUGUCAGACUCUACACGUCUUUUGGAAGGCGAGAGAGAUCGAGUGCGACGCAUGGAGCACUUGUUUUUGGAAUUUGAAAACGAAGCCCUCCGGUCACAAUUAAAUGAAGCGAAUGACCACCUCCUUGGGUUCAUAAAUGCUGAUUCCGAGGCCUGUUUCCAACUUGAGGAAGCCUGUCAGGAAAUUGAUCGCUUGGAGCAUCACGCGCAAACUGCGUUGAGCGAGAUAGACCAACUAAAGGAAGAACUUGCCAAUAGAAAGAAUACUUCGACCAACUACAACGCAGUCUUUGCUGAGAAGGUUCGCCUUUCCAAAGACCUUGUAGCCCUACAAUCAGAGGUGGAGCGGAUCAAUGCACAAAGCUCAUCGCAACAAGCCAUCAACGCCGAAAGACAUAAGAUGGAACGACAACUGAAUUAUCUGGAGAUUCAACUUGAGAACGAAAAACAUGCCCACGAACGUACCCAGGUUAAGGGAUCGCAGCAAUCAACGGAGAUAACCAAGCUAUCUACAAGAGUAGAUGAGCUCCGAAAUGAACUAGCGGGAGAAAUACGAGCAAAACAACAGCAAGAAUUGGAUAAACGGCAACAGAAUUCGGAGUUCGAGAGUGAACGAGCAGCGCUCGAGGGAAAGAUUGACACGCUAAAACAGCAAUUACGGUGGACCAAGGACAAGCUACAGGAAGCCCAGACUCAGUCACUGCAGCAGCGCAAUAGCAAAAUGGACAAAGGAGAUGAGUCGGAACCAUGCUCUCGGACUAUCCCACUCCAGCGCCCGGGACCCAGCGGUCAUGUGGGUGUGACGAUUGCAACCCCCGGAGCGGUUAGAGUCCAAGAGAGGGUUAGAAAAGAUUCGGCCUUACCUGGUGACAAAUCGGCAUUCUCCAUUACUCCCUUCUUGAACCGCACAGGUGCACCGGCAGAUUCUCCGUUGAGUUCGGUGGCAGAUGAAGAUGAAGAUUGCGAAGAUGCCGAUACCACGCUUGAAGCGCUUGACACGAGAAAACUGAUUGGACAGUCGAAACGCAUUGGUUCUGCUUUGCGGCGCCAAUUAUCUCCAACUCAGGAUCGCAUCCCCAUCAGUAAAUCAGUGAAACCGAGGGCGCGUGAUCUCCCGGCUACUACAGUUAACCCCAAGAAGCCCAGCAACCGCCUGGAUCACCGCAUGCUAGCUGCUGAUACUGAAGAUGAACAACAUAGUGAACCGGAGCAGCCUAAGCCUAGAAAACGCAAGCUCGGUGGCCCACGAGACCGGAGUUUGCUGGAGGAAGAAGAAGAUGAAGAAGGUGAUGGAGAGCUACGCCUAAAUAAGAAAAUCGGGCGGAAAAUCGGACUAGGGGCUGGUCGUACGUCAAAGCUGGGUGGUAUGCAGCAACCAAGCACGUCCCAUGGCGAGCGACUGCAACAUGGUCUUGGGUUCGGGGCACCUGUGGGAUUUUCUCCGUUGAAACGGGACCGCAAGCGACUAUAA